UUCUCAGUCAUGGUCUCCUGGCCUACAGAGGGCAGGGCAGCCAGUCAAUGGCAGGACAGAGGAGAUAGGAAGAUUUGAAAGAGGAGUACCUCGUGCGUACAGCAACCCGAGAAUGAGCGACACCAACACUCUCAACACCACAGAAACAGCAACUGGUCCCACCACACCACGCAAGGGACCUCCCAAGUUCAAGCAAAGGCAGACAAGACAGUUCAAAAGCAAGCCCCCAAAGAAAGGAGUAAAAGGGUUUGGAGAUGACAUUCCAGGAAUGGAAGGACUUGGAACAGAUAUCACAGUGAUCUGUCCAUGGGAGGCUUUCAGCCAUCUGGAACUGCAUGAGCUGGCACAGUUUGGCAUCAUCUAAGUCACCAGCCUCAGUCCUGGCAUCCCUGAUAUCGUCCAAGGUUCCAGAAUGGUCUUCUUCACCAUUGACACUUAUUUUUGGUCCUUCCAUCCAGCUGCUGACAUUCUGUUGACCAUGUACCAGGUGGCUUCAUGAGAUUCACCUAGUUCAAAGCAAUUCCUUCUCAGAUGAACUUGGCAAGAAGCUGUCAGGGACCCUGAAUAUUCACCUUGCCUCAUCUGAUGAAACUAAUAGAAAUGUUUAAACAUCUCUGUAAAAUGUCCCAUAUUCUCCCUGGAGUAUUCAUGUGUGUGAAAUCUCACCUAUAUCUUUUAAUGCCUGGGUGAUGUAUGUAUGAUUUUUCACCCUCUACCUCCCACUUCCAGUUACCUGAGACAUAGUCUGUAUGUGCCUAUUUGAAGUCUUAUCCUGUAUUUCUGCCCUCAACCCUAUGACAUUAACUCUGGAUUAAAUUCAUCCCCCACUCUCAGAACAUUUUCCUGCCUUGGCUUUCCAUCUAUAUAUGAAGUCCAACAGGUGUGGAUAAUAUUCCCAUGAUAUCUGAGCCAGUAGUCAAUUGCUCUGUGCA